UAUAUGCAAAUUACUGGUAAUCAAAAUCUAACUGAUAGAUUAAAAGAAGAACUUCAAAAAAUAAGAAAAGAUAGAUUGAAUUUUUUAGUUAAUUACAAUGCAGAAUUUAAUAGAAUUCAACAAGGAAUUCAAGAUGAAACUGAUAUAGAAAGAUUAAAAAAUUUUUGGUUAAAAGAAAUUGCUAAAUCUAAAUUAGAAACUGCUGAUAAAAAAAAACUUAAUGAUCUUAGAGAAGAAUGUAUUAGAGAAUUAAAACAAUCAUAG